AUGUCUCACUACCAGAGCCGACGAGAGCGCCUUGAGAUUGAUGUCAUGAAUCGGAUCUUACGAGAGCCGGACUACCAACCCUUCCUGAGGGAGGAGGUAAACGCCGCCAACAAGUUCAGAGCCACGCGGGCCUACCAGACACACAGAGAAGCAUACGACAAGAAGAACAGCACACCCGCUGCCUCUACGUCCAAGCCUGAUGAGACUACGCCAGCUCAGCAUGAAGCGGGUGACGGAAAGAGUCCCCUAGCAUCCAAGACAGCGCCCGCCGCCUCCACGUCCAAGCCUGAUGAGACUACGCCAGCUCAGCAUGAAGCGGGUGACGGAAAGAGUCCCCUAGCAUCCAAGACACCGCCCGCCUCUGCGCCGAAGCCUGGCGAGACUCUGCCAAUCGAGCAUAAAGCCGGCGACGGACAGCAACCCCCAGCACAAUUCGAUGCAAGAAAGUCGCCGAUCAUCACCACCGCAGCGCCCAUACCAACGGCAGCUAAUACCUCGACCGCAGUGCCUACUCUUACAGCAGCAUCAAAUGCCACAGCCAUCCCCGUCACAGCCGCCAUACCCAUCACAACCGCGACACCUAUCACAACCGCGACACCUAUCACAACCGCGACGCCCACUCCUACAGCGCCUAUACCAACCGCAGCUAAUACCUCAACCACAGCGCCUACUCUUACAGCAGCAUUAGAUGCCACAGCCAUCUCCAUCACAACUGCCACCCCCAUCACAUCCGCGACGCCUACUCUUACAGCAGCAUUAGAUGCCACAGCCAUCCCCAUCACAUCCGCGACGCCUACUCCUACAGCAGCAUUAGAUGCCACAGCCACCCCCAUCACAGCUGCCACCCCUAUCACAACCGCCACCCCCAUUACAUCUGCGACGCCCAUCACAUCCGCAACGCCUACUUCUACCGCAGCAUGUACUGCUACUGCCACCCCUAUCACAGCCGCCACCCCUAUUACAACCGCGAUGUCCGUCGCAACCGCGACGCCCGCUCCCACGGCAGCAUCUACUGCCGCUGCCACCCCCAUUGGAACACUCGGCAUACAGGACGACUGGCCUCCUCCUCCGGACAACGACGACCACGAAGAUUAUGGCGUCGCCAUCCCGUUCAGUCAGAGUAGCGCGCAGCCCCCAGAGCCUGAGUCCCGGAAAAGGGUUAAGCUGACCGUCGACCUCUCGCAGCCACCAAGCAAGUCGGACAUUGAGGCAAUGCAGCUUACCAAGGCAACAGAUUUGGACCGCGCAUCCGAUUACAUCCUGAAGCUGACCCUCCGAAUGGACACGUGCCCACGGGUGGGGAUGCUCCGUGACGUCGUUCACAUGGCGGUGCAGCAAUAUCAAGAGUCCGACGGUGCCAUAUCGCUGCGUCUUCUUCCGCUCGGACCGUGGCCAAUCAGCCUCGCCUCUAUGCUCGAGGUGUGCAAAGCCAAGAUGUGGCUGUCCGGCACGACUAUCGACUUCCUUGUCGAGAGAUGUGGCAAUUCACGGGGGUACUCACCGGAGGUCGUGCAUGUCGCUACAAGCCGUCCAGUAUACAUGGCAACCAUCGGCACGUCAUCAUCUAACCCCGAGAUACGCCCCGACAUCGCGUCACUUAUUCCGCAAUCAGUCUUCAUCCUCCCUGAGCUCGACGCCGCAGCAUUCAUCGUCUUCACUUGGAAUCCGACGAACAGCCAUUGGGUAGUGGUGCAGGCCCUAUGCAUGGAAUUUGGGGCGGGGCUCAUGCGCGUGUACGACACAGGACGUAGAUACCGAUCUACGUCUAUGUUCGAGCAGGAGCUCCGGCAAUUCGUUGCGCUGGUGGCGCUCUCUCACCCCCGGUCCAGAUUAGCGAACGUCGAUUGGAACACGGUCGCCGUUAGAUACGAGGAAACAGUGCAGCAAGAGGCAGAUGACUGCGGGGUCUUCACAGCGUGGAACGUGAGGACAUUACUUCACAAUGACCAGCCCGCGAAGUCGGCCUCCAACGCCUUGAGCGUUGGCAUGACACUCCGACGGGAGCUGUUCACCGGAGCACACAGCACUAUCAGCGGCCGUGAUCCCCCUUAUUGCUCGAGCCAGGCUGCGCUCGAUGCGCACAUCGAGCAUCUAUCUGGCGACAUGCGCAACCCCACUGGCCUUAGCCCGACCAGCAACCACCACAACGAUGACAAGAAACCAGGGCCUACAGAACUGGCCACCUCCCACCCAACGAUCGUAUUCUAUACGGAUCUCGGAGAGCCGCGCCAGUACGAGCACUGCGCCUCUGCAGUCCAAGAAAUCGCUCAGUAUAUCCUAUCCAACAACAUAGACGCUUCGAUCGAAGCUAUCGACCGAGUGGUCGGCGAGAGCUUCACAGUCACAGCAUUACAAGGACCGACGGCGGCAGAGAUAGCGCGUUAUUGGGCGAGCAAGAGACGAACCUUUCUCCGUACGAUCGCGAAUAGGAAGUGGCUGAGCCUUGACUGUGUUAACCUUGGAAAAUCCACCGACGGUCUAAAACCUACUAUCGUCAUCACGGCAUCAGACGCAGACGCAGAUGUGUGGGACCAGAUUAUAGCGAGAAUCAGCGUUCUCUUUGACUACAAGCUGGAGGUAGAGCUCCUGUACGGACCGCGCAGUAGGAUCGAUCUGGCGGAUGCUGUGGGAGAUACCGAAGAGGCGGAGAUGUCGGAUAUUUCAACCGAAGUAGAGGAAGAGGCGGACUUCGCAAGCAAGGAACUGAAGAAACCCAAGGGUAUCGCGAAUGAGUCGGAAGACGAAGAAUUCUGCCGUCCCUCGCAUUUCUCUACCGACAUCUACCCUGGUACAUCUGUAGGAGUGAAGGGAGGCCCAUCAGGAAGCGUCGGUGGAUUCCUGAAGAUCGAAUUCCCUGGACUGCCUACUCCCGCCACCCAAGUCGGUCUAACUAACUUCCACGUACUAUGGGGAGGUGACGAGAAGCCAGUGCAACCGCCUCAUCUGAGGGAAGCUUCUUGCGGCUCGGUCACCGUAGUAGUACCAUCAGAUCGCGACAAGACCCGCAUCAAGCUGUAUAAUCCGAGAGCCAUCGGUCCAAAAGGCAGCAAUGGCGAGAAGAAAGAGAAGAAGAGCGCAAAGAGCGACUUCAGGGUCGCUGAGCGCAUAUCUCACUCUCCUAAGAUUCGACAUCAUCUUACGCAGCAUGACCUCGACGAGCAGGACAUCAUUGUCCGUAGCGAAGCCGUCGCCAUUCUCGAACACAAGACGCAGAACCUUCCAUACCAAUCCGUACCAGAUUUCAGUGGUCGCAAACAAGAAGCUCUCGUGCGACGUUUUGCCAGGCGCUACCUUCCUACGAUCCGCAAUGCAGCCUUCCAAGUAAUGCGUUAUAAGCUUGGCACUAUGCUGCGCAAUAGGAAAACGCUGAGCAAGAGGACAAUGAAAUUCCCCCGUGCGAACGUUCGCCAUCCCGGUUCAUUUGUUAAUGGGAAAUUCAUCAAGGCCAAUACGCGCAUUAUCCCUACAUGCAUCGAAGCGUACGCCCUCGAAGGCAGCACUACCAUCCGCGCCACCGCGGCUCGUGCUAUCUUUGGCACAGAUCUCCAUGUUUGCGCUUCACCGCCUGACCCGACACGCACGUACGAUAUGGUACUUCCGUGCUUCCGUCGCUCGGGCAGGCCACGGGACGGUAUCAGCUCCGACACCGAAGUCUUCGACAACGAAUCGGAAGACGUCGAUGUACGCCUAUAA